AGAGUUGUGUUCCAUAAGCGUUUGUAUCAAAAUGGAGACCUCCGAAAAUUGCGAUAGUGACUACGAUGUGAUUUAUGUGAAUUCUCCAGUAUAUGAGUCGAUGGUGGAUGCAGGUCUCUCCUACAUGGGGGGAGAUGAUGUUCAGAGCAGACUGUUAUCUGAAAACAGCAACAGCAAAGCAGAGGCAAAACUACCUUUUCUGAAGAUGGUCUUCAUUGUGCCACUUCAAGCUGUAAUCGUCAGGCUGCGUCAUGCCUUAAAUAAUAUUGUUAGCAGCAUUAAUCCAAGUAUUCAUGAACAUUGGCAAUAGCUGCUAAUAGAAAGCUAUUCAACAAACUUAGAACCAGCCCUCUUUUGAGUGAAGAAGAUGGAUUUUUUCUUCAAAGUUUUCAAGAUGAGGAAUUUGAUGAAGUAAAAGACCAACAGUCGUCUCUGAGAAUAGUGGUUAGUUUCUUCCUUGCAUUGGUGCUGGUGCUGAAUACAACAGGGUUUCGUGAUGCCUUGGGCUUCUGGCUUCUUCAAGUAUUUAAAUGCAGCCGCUGCUCUGACAUGUACAGUCUUUAUGCCUUAUUUCUUGAAGAAGGCUUUCAUGAUGCAUAUGGAGUCUCAGACUGAGAAGCUCUUGCAGACAAUACAGAAGUUCUUAGACAUUGCUGCUUCAAGUCUAGACACUGUUUCCAAGAGCAUUCGCUUCAUACAAGAGGCCGAACUUGUGGCUAGAGGAUUUACUUUUGUUGGUAAUGUAGGAUAGCAAGAGUUCUCAGUGAACACCAGAAAUCAUCAUUCAUUGGGCAGUGUCCUGACUUGCGACAGAGAGUGUUCUUAACUGAAAAAGCACAACUUGUUUUGUUUAGACAAUCAUUCAGACAGCUUGUUGAAAGUUGUCCAGUGAAGGUCGAAGUGGCAGGAGUGACCCACUACUGCUCUGAAAUCCCUUUGACACAAUAUCCAGAGAUAAUACAGAUCGAUGCUGAAGACAGUGACGUACUUGCUAGGCUACAGGAAGUAACUGAUGGCUUUUCGAUUGAUAUUUUAAAGUCUAUGUUAGAGCUGAACCGCAUUCAUGCAUCAGAGUUUAUUCGCCGACUUGCUGUAUGCUUCUUGCCAAGGAGCAUGGGGGCACAAGGCAAAAAAGACCUCUUCCUCAUCUGGAACUCGAUGCUGCAGGCAAUGAUCAGUGAGCUUGAAGCUGGUCAGACUGAGUUGAAGUCUCUUUUGGAUGCCCACCGACGAGGACCCUUGUCAUCAGCAUUACAUGAUCCCAAACUUGUGACUCAAAAGCCUGCAAAAUUAUUCAGUCAGUCCAAAGAUACUUACGUUGCUGUUCACAGCCUUGAACUUCACCUUUUGGCUGCACUUAAAAGGGUGCAAAACGUAGGCCAGGCGAUGGAGGCAUGGCUGGAGAAGAUAAACAGCAAAAAUCAGGAGAAAGAGGUUGAAGCAGAAGAUAAGAAGCAGGAAGAGAGCAACAGAAGGGAGUGGAGCAGCAUGCUGUGCUUGGUGAGGUCCGAGUUGAAUGCAUGCAUGGGAUGCUGGGAGGAAGCAACCAGGAGGCUAGAGACUAAAUCUUCAGUCGGCAGCGAAGUCUUACCGGCACCAGCACGAACACCACAGACACUUGCAGAAGCCACCAAUGUCUACAAGGUGAUCAAAGUGUCAGCAGACGACAACCCAAUUAUACUGGAUGAAGUCUUUGAGGGGUUUUCAGAAGAGCAGGAGGCUGGGUUAAAGAGAAACGGCCUGGAUUGGAUGCUGACAGAAGAAGAGGCUGGCCUGAAGCAGCAGCAGAAGAACCUCAAGAUGUGUCUGCUGGAGCUCGACUCCAUAAUCGCCAUGCGCGCUGCCCAGCGCAUGGAGCGGGAGCAGGCGGCCUUGGCCAGGAUGAGCGAACUCAGCCCGACAACGUCUACCAGCUGCAGCAAACUACAUCUGAGUCUUUGGACACCGAUGAGGGCGGAAGAGGAACUGACGUCAACAGCGGCGCAGUGGCCUUGACUCUUGCGGCAGAGCUCAAUGGACAUCACGGGCAGAUCACCGAAGCUACCUGUGACACCAGCACCGCGACGUUGGCUCUUGGGAGCUGCAGCUUUUCUGGGCGCGAGCAAGAAGGUCUUUCACCAGGAACCACGUGUAAUUUAGUCCCUCGCUCAGCUUUGCUUUCGUCUUUUGGAGAAGAGGACUCAGCUGAAAGCGGUGCUGGGCCGGAGGGUAGUCUGGCGACCGGAACGGUCAAGGCAAGCACUGACCAAGAUGAGAUUCCGGACCCUCACAGACCUGACGACCAUUUAGUCGGUGACCUGCCGACAGGCGGCAACGCAGCAGAGUGGAGAGAAGGCAGAGCAGCGGCACCUUGUGGCAGCCAGCUGGAAAGCAUGGCGGAGUACUUUCCCUGCCAGGCGCCCCUUCACCUUUCGCCUCCGGCGUCGCUGCCUUAGUAGCGUCGCGCGCGAAAACUUUGGGGCGGACGGUGGAAACGUUCGGGGACGCUUCGUCAUCAGACGAGACCGACGAGAAAGACAGUGAUUAUAACGAUGGAGACGAGCAAGGCCUUGAAAUCUCGAGGGCAGGCAGUGUGUGGAUUUCUUCUUGUGUCUUGAUUGCUGAAAUCUCUCAGGCUGUCAGUGCUGUCAGCUAGAAGCCGCCCUGAUGCAGGCGGAAGCAUCCUUGAGCUGGAUUUCGUGAGAAUCAGCAACUACGCCCGUAGAGUCUUUCCCUCAGUAGACAUGUUAUAGGUGUGUCAAAGUGCGACUCUGAUCGGUGUUAAGAGUAAAACUGUUGGUGCAAUAAAAUACGAUCAAUAUAUAUAUAUCAGUAUAGGUUGGAAGAAGUAAUAUGUGUGCAUUUUUCUAGCAAACUCUAUGUCCUACUAUCUUUUUUGUUCAUUGCUUCGACUUUAAAAAAUAUUAUUUGUUGAAAAUUUCCCUAGUUUCGAUAAUUUAUGAGUCCAUGCUUAGACCAUUUACUGUUUUUAAUAAACUGAAGUAAGUACCCGGAAUAUGAGUAUGCCUAUGGUAAAAGAUACAAAAUGAAAUUUCGUCUGUUUUAAAUGAUCACUUUGAGAUGUUUCUGUUUAGUGCAUCUUCUUGUCCGUGCACCAUAGUGUUUCAUGAUGUUGUUAAUAUGUUGCGCUCUUUUGUGUGUGUGUGUGUGUGUGAAAUGGAGCUAAUAAUAAUUUCGUUGAUGCGUUGGGAAGAAAGCCUUCCGUCCUAUGCCGAGUUCCUUGUAGCCGGGUUCACGACUGGAAUCUCAUUAACGAGAGCUUGCCCAGGGCCGUGCGCAAGAGAGUGAGUGCAUCCACUAAGGAAUUCGUGCAUGUGUUUCUCUCGCAGUCUCGAUCGCUGAUCUCAAGGUAAACAGAUUUACAGGUGGACUUGACCUGUUCCUUAGUCGAAAACGAAAAGCUUU